GAAGCAAAAAGUUAAUUGCGCUAGCGGUAUGAAAUGGCAGGUUGUUGAACCCUAGGCUCUAAACUACAACUCUUCAAGCUUUACAAGGAGUUAGACGGAGAGGGAAAGAGAAAACAUUCACCUAAUUCAUCAUUCCUGCUUCCGGACUUCAGCAGCUUUCAGCUAGGCGAUCUUCCCGGAUCACACAAAGUCAUCUUGCAGGCAGGAAGGUCAAGGGUUUAAGAGGAACAUUAUGAGGAGAGGUGUUUGAACUUUUGAAGCUAGCUGCUUUUUAGAAGCAUGAAGAAAUAGAGAAUUUGUACAAUGGAACAACGUGGUAGUUGUGUCUGUUGAAUUUACUGCUGCAAUCUUUGUAACAGUUAUUGGAAAAGGAAUUAUAGGAAAUAUAAGGAGCAGGAGAGGAGUAGGAGCAGGAGGAGGGGGGGGAGUAGGAGAAGGACGUAGUACUAGAGUUGGGAGUGUGGAAAAUGGAAUGCAAUAAAGAUGAGGCUGCCAAGGCAAAAGAGAUUGCUGAGAAGAAAUUUUUGGCAAAGGACCUUGCAGGAGCAAAGAGAUUUGCUUUGAAGGCUCAAAACUUGUAUCCUGGGCUCGAGGGUGUUCCGCAGAUGGUAGCAACACUUGAUGUGUAUAGUUCAGCUGAGAACAAAAUAAAUGGUGAACCAGAUUGGUAUGGGAUCCUUGGUGUGGAUCCAAAAGCUGAUGACGAGACAGUUCGGAAACAGUAUAGGAAACUUGCUCUGAUGCUUCACCCUGACAAAAACAAGUCUAUAGGAGCUGAUGGUGCAUUCAAGCUUAUUUCUGAGGCAUGGAGUUUAUUGUCUGACAAGUCUAAGAGAGUGGCACAUGACCAAAAGAGGAAAAAUGCUAAAGUAUCUCAAAGGGUUUCAAACCCUGCUGGGGGUCCAUCAACAACAGCAGGGUCUGGUGGUUUUUACAAUUUUGCCAAAUCAAGUGUGAAGGCACACAAGAGUACUCCCCGUACUGGUCAUUCUUCAACUCCAGCAUCUCAUAAGUCAAAGCCAAAUACCUUUUGGACUGUAUGUCAUAGAUGCAAGAUGCAAUAUGAGUAUCUUAGAGUUUAUCUUAAUCAUAAUCUCCUGUGUCCUAAUUGCCAUGAGCCAUUUUUGGCUGUUGAAACAGCUCCUCCACCUUCAAAUGGUUCUAAAACUUCCACCACAUGGAAUUUUUCUCAGCAGCGCCAGAGCUCAAGUCAUCAAGCUGCAAGUAAAAACACAUCAAAUUCUGCAAGCAACAAUAUGGCCCCUCCAAAUGCAGGACCUGGCAGACCAGACUCAUAUAGUCAGACCAACUUCCAGUGGGGUCCAUUCUCUAGAGCAGGUGGUGCCUCAUCUGUUGCUCAAGCUGCUAGUGUGGUUCAGCAGGCAUAUGAAAAAGUGAAGAGAGAGCGUGAGGAAGCUCAGGCAGCCACAAAAAGAGAGGAGGCCCUGAAGCGAAAGAAUCAUGUCUUUAAAAGGACAGGGGGUGUAUCCUCUAGUGGAUAUUCUAAUUCUACUAAGAGAAGAAGAAGCAUGGAAGAUGUUGGUCCAAGCAACUAUGGAAGCAAUGCUGCGAAUCAAAUGGGUGCAGGAGGAGCUAGCACAUCUGAUUUAUCUUAUUCUAAGAAGGGUAAUUUUGAAACAGGUAGGGUCAGUGGAAUUAGUGAGCCCUAUGGCACAAGGGAUGUAUCCCAGUUUGGAAUUCAAGCCCUACUGAUGGAGAAAGCUAGGACAGAAAUUCGUCAAAAACUAAAUGAAUGGAACUCAGCUACAGUAACUAAAUCUUCUGUAAAAAAUGAGAAGAGUAAUAUGAAAGAAAAUGAUGGAGGAGAAAAAUCUCAGGAAAAGCCUGAAAUGUGUGAACAAAAUAAGUCUGCUCAGCAACUGGAUACAGAUGAUGGAAUACGUGGCAUCAAGUGUUCUUCUGGGUCUUCUGGUGAAGAAGCAGAUUUAGACACUCUGGAAACAAUGUCAAUAGAUGUCCCAGAUCCAGAUUUUCAUAAUUUUGACAAGGAUCGAACUGAACAGUGUUUUGGAGAAAACCAGGUAUGGGCUGCAUAUGAUGGUGAUGAUGGGAUGCCCCGAUACUAUGCAAUGGUCCAUAAAAUAAUCUCCCUGAAUCCGUUUAAAAUGAGGAUCAGUUGGCUUAAUUCAAAGACUAACAGUGAACUUGGCCCACUAAAUUGGGUUGGUUCUGGCUUCUCAAAAACCUGUGGUGAAUUCAGAGUAGGUAGAUAUGAGGUUUACAGUGCACUUAAUUCCUUUUCACACAAGGUCAAGUGGACAAAAGGUAGUCGUGGGGUAAUUUGCAUAUACCCUAAGAAGGGAGAUGUUUGGGCUUUGUAUCGGAAUUGGUCACCUGAAUGGAAUGAACUGACAGAAGAUGAGGUGAUACACAAGUAUGACAUGGUAGAAGUACUAGAAGAUUACAGUGAAGAACUAGGUGUAACGGUUGCUCCACUAGUUAAGGUUGCGGGUUUCAAGACAGUUUUCCACCAGCAUUUGGACCCUGGAGAAAUCAGGUGUAUUCCGAAGGAAGAGAUGUUUCGAUUCUCCCAUCAUGUUCCCUCAUACUUUCUUACAGGUCAAGAAGGUCCAAAUGCUCCAAAAGGUUGUCGGGAGUUGGACCCAGCAGCUACUCCAUUGGAACUUCUUCAAGUAAUAGUAGAUGUUAAGGAAGAAGAAAUUUUAUCUGAAGAUACAACAAAGGAAGAAAAAAGAUAGCAAAAGAAUGAUGUUGAAAAGGUUACUGAUAAAAAAUGGGAAUAAAUCUGAAAAAGCUAGGGAGGACAAAAAAGGGAAUUAUAAAGAUAGUGAACAAGUAAAUUAUAGACAAUACCACUAAAUAUAAGUGGAACUUGCAACUGGAAAGGCAGUUAAUUGAGUUUUAGGUUAAUUUAUUUGAUGUGGAUAGAUGUAUUGAUGUGACGUAAAUUAAGAAAACUUAUUCAUCUCAUUGGAAGGGAAGUGGGACUGCAAUUUUGUUUCAAAACAUGUUGGCUGGAUGUCGUAUUAACUGUGGUAAUUUCUUGUUUAUUUCUUUGCUAUAUUUUAAAAAUUCAAUUGUUGGUUCUAGAGUUAUAUUGAUAUCUUCGCUGCCUUGGUAGCAUUUACGCUUGCUUAUUCUCUAGGAUUAUAUUUUGACAAUCUGGCAGAAAAUAUUAUUGAUCAAUAAAUAGAUCUUAUGUGUA